AGAGACAGCAAAAACGUCACGUUGUUGUCAACGACGAACUAACGCCGUCAAAUAAGCCCUCCACUUUCUUUACACAUUAAGUGCAUUUCUAAAAUAAAGAAGUGGUUCACGAUGGACUUGUUUGUUUAAUUCAACUAUAAAAUAAAAUACAGUCCACAAACAACCCUUGCUGUUCCCAGCAGCAGAGACACUACACAAUUUAGUGAUCCAGCAACGGAGCAGCAACAAAACAUUUUUUGGUCGCAUCGAGCGGAUUUCAAGAUUUUCCGGCGAUACAAUUACAAUUUGGGAGGUCAGUAGCCACAACAGGUGAAGACAAAUACCAAGGCCGCCUCUACAACGUCAACAAACAAUUUGCAAGACAAAGGGACAAUUUACCCAUAAGUAUCCUUUUUAAACAAAACCAGGGAUUGGAGGUAAGCCUUUAUUCAUCACUUGGUCAAUCACGGGAAAAGAAGUGCUCCUGUAAUAUCGGAUUGCAGUUCAAGCUGAGUGGCUUCGCCCGCAUUAAUGUAUUGAACAUAUAUAUACAAUAGUCAGUAAUUAGUGUUAAAAGAGGCGUUAAUACUUUUAAUUAAUCGCAUUUCAAUUCAUAUAUUACGUAAUCAAGUGUCGUCAUAGUCAUCGUCGUCGUUCAUACCCACUACUGCAUUCCAGAAUUCACAUGUAUUCAUAAUGAAGUGUUAUUUUAGAAUUUAAUGUACAUAGUUUCAAUCAGCUACAUUCAUAUUUACAUUAUAUUUAUCUUAUCGCAUAUAGGCUAAAUCUUAGCAUAUACAAUUAGAAUUUGUAAAGAAGUUCUAAUAGUGCAAUUCUGUCAUUUUAGCAAAUUUGAGUCAGAGUACAAAAUACAUAUCUUUGUAAUUCAUUUGGAUCCUCAAGGGCUGCUCAUUUUUCACACCUCUUAUAUUUCUUUGGGAAAUUGAGCACAUUUUUUAAACUAAAACAAACCUUGUCGAGUUUUUCAUAAUGGCACCAAGAAAAGGAGCAAAGGGUAAAAACGAGUUAGAUGAAGAUGAAACACUACCCCGAAUUCAAAAUCUGGAAAGUGCUAAUCCAUCAACAAUUCUUGAAAUUGAAUUGAGGUUGAAAGAAAUAGAAACAAAAUUGCUCACAGAGUUUUCAGAGAUUCAUUUUGAACUCGAAGGUUUAGAUCCUGAUAAUUUCACUGAACAGGACCUAAAUAAUUUUGAAACUUUAUAUUUUAAAACAAUUGCUGAUAUUAAACAAUUUCUUUCAAUUAAAACAACUUCAAGUGAUCAGCAAGUUAUACACGAUGAAUCCAUUCAUUCUUUACCACCCUAUAUUACAUCCUUACAACGUCAGGUCUCUGUUAAAAGGCAAAACACAAAAUUGCCUGUCAUUGAAUUGCCUAAGUUUUCUGGCCAAUAUGAUAAGUGGCUAGAAUUCAGGGAUUUAUACACUUCUCUAGUUCACAAAAAUAAUUGCCUUGAGCCAAUCGAGAAAUUUCAAUAUUUAAAGGCUACACUAGAGGGUGCGGCAGCACAAUCAAUUCAGGCUAUUAACAUCACAAAUGAAAACUAUGAUUUAGCAUGGGACAUUCUUUGUCAAAGAUUUGAAAACAAAAGAUUAAUAGUGCAUAAUCACAUUAAAUCCUUAUUCAAUAUUUAUGAUAUAAGACCGGAUUCUGCCAAUUCAUUUCGCAAUGUACUAGACAUUAUUUCGAAAAAUAUGCGCUCUCUUAACAAUUUAGGUGUUAUAACGAACUCUUCGGAUCCAUUAAUCAUAUAUUUAGUAACCAGUAAGCUAGAUGUUGAGUCAAUCCGGGAAUGGGAACAAUCAGGCUUCGCUGAAGAACUGCCCUCUUUGGCAGAAUUAUAUGAAUUCCUGUCAUCUCGUGCAGAUUUUUUAGAUAAGGUAGCAAUGCACAAGGGUAAACCACGCAAAACCUUCAUUGUCAAUCAACCGUCAACUCAUCAGAGUUCUAACUUAUGUUGUUUUUAUUGUAAACAACAGCAUGCAAUCUAUCAUUGUCCUAAAUUUACUGCUCUUUCAGUAGAUCAGAGAUGGUCUGCAAUUAAAUCACAAAAAUUAUGUGUUAAUUGUUUGCGCAGUGGCCACAAACUAGAUAAAUGUCGGUAUGGUCAUUGUAGACAUUGUAAACAACGGCAUAAUUCAUUACUUCACAAACAGCAACCUUUAAUUCCAGUUGAAGAUGGCCACCUUGUUUCAAGUAAAGAAACUACUCAAGGUCAAGUUGCCUUAUAUAAUUCAACUAAGAGUCAAAUCUUACUAGCCACAGCAGUGGUGCAAGUUUUCGAUAUUCAUGGUAAAGGGCAUUCAUGCAGAGCCCUCCUAGACAAUGCUUCAAUGUCUAAUUUUGUAUCCCAAGAUUUUGUGAAUAAAUAAGGCAUAACACAAUACAAAAUUAAUUCCUCAAUCCUAGGAAUUGGGCAUUCAGUGUCUAAUAUUAACAAAUCAUGUCGAGUCAAAUUCAAGUCUUGUUAUAACAACUUCAAUGUUUCAUUAGAUUGUUUAGUCAUUCCAGAAAUCACAGGUGAUUUACCUAACACAUAUUUCAAUCCAGAAUGUCUAGAUAUUCUAACUAACUAUCAUUUAGCUGAUCCAGCAUUCUUUGAGCCCAAUCACGUUGACUUACUUAUUGGAGCUCAAGUAUUUUGGGAUAUUAUUUCUGCGGAACGCAUUACUUUAGGCCCCAAUAAGCCUAUUCUGCAGAAUAGCAAAUUGGGUUGGUUGGUGUCAGGUCCCAUAGGCAUUCCUAACUCAUCAAAGAAUACCCUUUGUCAUUUCUCAAAAACCUUAGAUAUUCAAAAUCAGUUGCAAAAGUUUUGGGAAAUUGAAGAGGUUUCAACCUCAUCGCCAAUCCUUUCAGAAGAAGAACUCAUAGCAGAGAAACAUUUUAUCGAAAAUGUUGAGAGAGAUUCAGAUGGCAGAUUCAUUGUAGGGAUACCACUAAAGAAGUCUUUAGAAGUCUUGGGUGAUACAAAGGUUCAAGCAACACAACAAUUUUUAUCCUUAGAGAGAAAAUUACAUAAAAAUCCGAAGUUGAAGCAAAUGUAUCAGGAAUUUAUGUCCGAGUAUCAAAGUUUAAAUCAUAUGUCACCAUUUAUACCUUCUAAUGAUCAAAUUUGUUAUUUUUCUCCUCAUCACGGUGUGCUACGUGAGAAAAGUCAAACUACCAAGCUCAGAGUCGUCUUCAAUAGUUCGUUUCCAAGCACUACUGGUUUAUCUUACAAUUCAAUUCAAAUGGUUGGGCCAGUAGUUCAGGACGAUUUAGUUUCUAUAAUCUUAAGAUUUCGACAGCAUCAAAUCGUUUUUUCAGCAGAUGUUUGCAAGAUGUAUAGGCAAAUACAGGUAAAGCAAGAGUUUCGCCCUUUACAAUUAAUUUUAUGGCGAAGUGAUCCAAAGGAUGAUCUAAAGAUUUUCGCUUUAAACACUGUUACAUAUGGUACGGCUAGCGCCCCUUUCUUAGCCACACGGUGUCUUAAGCAGUUAGCAUUAGAUCACAUCUCAUCAUACCCUCAGGCAUCAAAAAUCAUAAGUAAGAAUUUCUACGUCGAUGAUUUGCUCGCAGGAGCAGACUCAGUGGAAGAUGCAACUCGGUUAUGCCUCGAAAUUUCCUCAAUUUUAAAGUCAGCAUGUUUUGACUUACGAAAAUGGAAGUCCAACAGCAAAGAUCUUUUAUCAAACCUUGCACAUGGAAGUUGUACUCCUGAUCAUUUCUUCGGGUCUUCAGAAACAAACAAAACCUUGGGCAUGUUUUGGUCUUGUGAAACAGAUAACCUUUCAUUUCAUAUCGAUAUCCCCUCAAAAGUUGGGCAAUUCUCAAAACGACUUAUUUUGUCCGAAGUGGCAAAGAUUUUUGAUCCCCUUGGUCUGUUAAGUCCAGUUGUCAUUAAAGCGAAAAUACUUCUACAGAUUUUAUGGACACUAAAACUUUCAUGGGACGAACCAGUUCCAGUUGACAUAGCCAAGAAGUGGUUACAUUUCAGAUCGCAACUGUUUAAUUUAAAUAAAUUACAAAUUUCAAGAUGUAUUUCAGUAAAAAAUCCAGUCACUGUUCAACUCCAUGGAUUUUCGGAUGCAUCAAAUAGUGCAUAUGGAGCAUGUAUCUAUGUUCGAACUGUGGACGAAUAUAAUAAAGUUCAUGUCGAACUUCUUACAUCCAAAACUAGGGUAGCGCCACUCAAAUCUUUAAGCAUUCCAAGAUUGGAAUUAUGUGGCACUUUACUUUUGGCACAACUCUAUAUUAAGGUCAAAUCUUCUUUAACUUUACAAUUCAGUGAAGUCUAUUUUUGGUGUGACUCAACUGUAGCCCUUGCGUGGUUAAGAUGUUCACCCAACACUCUACAGGUUUUUGUGGGAAAUCGCGUUUCCACUAUACAACAAAUUACUCCAAUUGACUCAUGGAGAUAUGUCUCUACGGAUCAGAACCCUGCAGACAUUCUAACAAGAGGAAUGCUACCCAACGAUAUUAUUAAUUCAGAUAUGUGGUUUCAUGGUCCAUUGUGGCUUCGUGAGCCAUCUAUCAAUUGGCCCUUAGAUAUUCACAUGCACAAACCAAUAGCUGUUACAGAAUUGCCAGAUCUUCGCAAAACAACCCAAACAUUUGUGGAAAUCGAAAAUCAAAAUUUAUUUCCUUUCCACAAAUUUUCAACUUUCACUCGUAUUACUCGAAUUAUGGCAUUUUGUCUUAGGUUCAUUUUUAAUUGCCGAAUUAAAAAAUUCGAUAGGCAUUUUAGCCAUUUGACAAUAUCUGAACUUCGCAAUGCUAAAGACAUGUUAGUCAAGCUAUCACAGCGUGAGUCAUUUUUUGAUGACUAUCAACAACUGUUAAAAUUUGGGGUAGUGUCAAAUAAAAGUAGGCUACUCAGUCUCACUCCUUUUAUUAAAGAAGGAAUUAUCCGAGUUGGUGGAAGACUAAAGAACUCAUCGUACUCAUUUCAUAAGAAACAUCCAGCAGUGUUAUGUCCCAAGCAUCACCUAACCAAGUUGAUUCUUCAGCAUGAACACAAAGUGCUUAUACAUUGCGGCUCUCAAUUAUUGCUUGCACACAUCAGAGAUAAUUACUGGCCUAUAUCUGGUAAGAAUUUAGCAAAGCAAAUUAUCAAAGAGUGCCUCAUUUGUUUUCGUUUCAAUCCCACUUCACCUAACCCUAUCAUGGGUAAUCUUCCAAGUUCCCGAGUCAGUCCUCGAAUUCCGUUCUCUGAUGUUGGCAUUGACUAUGCUGGACCUUUUCAAAUAAAGGAUCGAAAGGGACGUGGUUGCAAGAUCAGCAAAUGUUAUUUAGCACUCUUCAUUUGUUUAACAACAAAAGCGAUCCAUUUGGAGCUGGUUACUGAGUUAAGCAUGGGGGCCUUUCUUGAAGCUUUUCAGAGAUUUAUUGCAAGACGUGGUAAACCACUGAAUGUUUAUUCUGACAAUGGUACUAAUUUUGUAGGUGCAUGCAAUUAUUUGAAGGAACUAGGUACCUUCCUAAAAAGCAAUUCACCCACACUUAAAGAAAAUCUAGAAUUAUCUUUUGAAGUUUCAUGGCAUUUUAUUGCAGCAUAUUCUCCUCAUCAUGGUGGUUUGUGGGAAGCCGGUGUUAAAGCGGCAAAACAUCACUUAAAAAGGAUUUUAUUUAACACAAUAUUGACUUUCGAAGGUCUUUACACAGUAAUUACCCAGAUAGAAGCUAUUCUAAAUUCACGACCUUUAACGCCACUCUCGACAGAUCCAAAUGAUUUGCAAGUGCUCACCCCAGCACAUUUUUUAAUUGGGCGAUCACUUCAAUCUGUUAUUCACCCUGAUUUACAGAAUACUGCUAUCAAUAGAUUAUCUAAUUUUGAGCAAUUAGAACUUCUAAGACAACAAUUCUGGUCGCGCUGGACCAAAGAGUAUAUUUGUAAUUUGCAAACUAGACUUAAAUGGAAGAAGAACCAACCGAACAUUCAAUUAGGGACUAUGGUUCUUAUCAAAGACAAUCACUUGCCACCGUUUAAGUGAAAAUUAGGUCGCGUUAAUACCCUCUAUCCAGGGAAUGAUGGUGUUGUGCGCAUUGUAUCCGUGAAAACUAUAUCGGGUAACAUUAGAUGCACUGUUACCAAACUGUGUCCGCUUCCAAUUAGUGACAAUUGACAUUUAGCAAAGUUGACAUUGUUUAGAAUAGUUCUAAUUUAGUAAGUCUGUUAUUAAUAAUUAUUAAGUUCAUUUUCA